ACGCUAAUGAUUGAUAACGUUCCAUCGCCGGAAAACCGUACAACAUUAUCCGUCAAUUUUAUUUUUCGUGUUUACAAAUAUAGAAUAUUUUGCUUUUCCUGGCGGUUCUGGUGUUCUUUUAACAUAGAACUCGAAAAUCAUUACCUACUAAUAUUGAAACCAUGGACGGAAUGCUCAGAAACUUUUCCAAACUGCUGUCUGUGCGAAGCCCAAUCCAGCAGUUCCACAGGUCAUUAGUAAUACUGAAACGUCGCCAUCAAGUUCAGUUACAAAAGAAGAAUUCUAAACAAAAACCAAUCUUAAAAGGACGACAUUUCAUCUAUGAUGUGGUAGAGAAUCCAGAAUUGAAAAAAAAAGAAAAAAUGGAAGUAAUUCUAACUCAGUAUGUUGAAGGAAUUGGACAUGAAGGUGAAAAAGUAUCUGUUCGACCAGCAUAUGCAUAUGAACAUUUAAUUCUGCCAAAAUUAGCUGUUUACGCUUCUCCUGAAAUGGUUGAAAGUAUGAAAAAUGAUAACACCCAAAAAAUUAAUAAAGAAACCCCUAGUUCUAUUACCGCUCUACAGACUUUGAAUUAUUUAAAAAAAAUGGUCAUAAGUGUAAGCAUGAAUAAAGAUAAUCCUUGGACAAUUGAACCAUGGCAUAUAAGAGUAUCAUUACGAAAAAUGAACGUACAUGUACUGAAUGAUGAUUCGAUAAAACUACCUGAUCAACCAAUUAGUGGACCUGAUCUUACUUUAGAAGGAAAAUCUUUUGUUGUAUUCAUUACAAUUAAUAAAAAAGAAAAAGUACCUGUUGAAUGCAAUCUUCAUCAUUGGAGUACUAAAUUUGCAGAUCGAUUACCCUAUACCGAAUUCUUUAGAAGGGAUCCAGUAUCUAUUCUUCCUGAGCAAACUGACCUUUUAAUGUCAAUAAGAGAAAAAAAGAACAUAUAAUUUUUUUUGUUUUUUUUGUAGAGAUAUCUAAUAUGUUACAUUUUGGAUAAAGAAUAGAAUUUCUUAUUAUUGAUUUA